UGCUUGUAUCGUUAAUCGUUUGGAAUAAAAAAAAUUACCUGAAAAAUAACGUCAAUCAUCGUUGGGAUUAAUUCGAAUUGAAGACGAUUGCAACUUUUGCAAGAAAAAAAAACGUUGAUUUCCGAAAGGCAAUGUCGUCGGAUCGACGAUUCUUUCGGCGCUCUUUCCUAGUUCAGGUACAAACCUUUGACCACGUUUGAUUUUAGACCACGUCGAGCUUCCUAAUGGUUAUCGAAUGCCUCAGCCAAAACGAGCUGCAGCAGAGGUUGCUGAGAAGAAAGCUUCUGAUAUUAUCAGAGCCGAUGAUGAAAGCGAAGACGUUAUGAUUGUUGAGUCAAAGCAAUCGAAUCUUGAACCACAAUCUUCGAAAGAAAAACCACUUAUUGCUGGGGCUGCUGCAAAAGAAAAACUGAAUGCAAGCAAAGGAACUGUUCACAUACCUAAGGGCAGUGGUAUGAAACACAUGGAAAAGAUGGCAGAUAAGGAAGAAACUGCACUGACUGCUAAGUUUGACAAAACUAAAAAGGAAUCGGAAGGUGUGGUUGCAGAACAGCAAAGCUCAGCAGAAGAAAGUGAUGGUGAGGAGGAAAAUGAAGACGAGGAGCAAAGAAAAGCACGGCUGCAUAAGAUUAGGGUUGAAGCAGGAAAAAAGGCAGCAGCGACAAGAAAAGCUCAUGCUCAAGGACAAGGCUCAGCAGAAGAAGAGGAAAAUGAAGACGAAGAUAAGAGAAAAGCCAGAUUGCAUAAGAUUAGGGUUCAAGCAGGGAAAAAAGCAGCAGCGACUAGAAAAUCUCAUGAAAAAGAAGAAUACUCGGAAGAAGAAUUAGAAGAAGAGGAUGAGAAAGAGGAAUAUGAGUACGAAGACGAGGAACAGAGAAAAGCCCGGCUGCAUAAGAUAAGGGUAGAAGCGGGAAAGAAAGCAGCGGCAACGAGAAAAGCCCAUGCCGGACAGCAGAGUUCCGAAGAAGAACCGGACGAGGCUGACGUUAGUACUCACGACAAAUUGUCCGCUGCUGGGAAGAAAGGUGCGGCGACGAGAUGGGCUCGUGCUAAGGGCUCUUCAGAAGAAAGUGCGGGCGAGGAAGACGAAGAAGAAAAAAAUGCCAGAUUGCAUAAAAUAAGGGUUGAAGCGGGAAAGAAAGCAGCAGCAACCAGAAAAGCCCAUGCACAACAGCAGAGUUCUGAAGAAGAACCGGAUGAAGCUGACGUUAGUACUCACGACAAAUUGUCUGCUGCUGGGAAGAAAGGUGCGGCGACAAGAUGGGCGCGUGCCAAGAAGAGGGAAUCCGAGGGAGACAAUGGCCAAGAAGAAGAGACAAAUGGCAACUCAAAGAAACUCCGUACUUCACCACGGCUCGCAAUGGAGCACUGUAAAUCCUGAUCCGUGUUUAAGAGGAAAGCUCUUGAAAUUCAAGAGCAUUUCCUCCAGCUUUUUUCGGACCUUGUGGUGGAAAUCAACUUGUCGGCUCCGCGUAGAGGAGCAUUUGAAAUCAUGGUGACUAAUUCCCGGGGUGUUGAAACCGUAUUAUGGAGUGGUCUCAAGCUUGGUCCACCUCGUCGGCUGAAGUUCCCUGAUCCGAUUUCGUUAGUGGAAGCGUUGAAGGUAGCAUUAGCUUAAGAGGUGCCAUACAUUUUUUUCUUCCAUUAAUAGUAUUAUUCCGAUGUUUUCUACAUGUUACCUGCACUCAAUUGAGACCAAUUUUUAGAUUUCCAAAAGUAAUAGAGAGCUUGUCCAGUGGCAAUAGGUGAAAAAGGUAAAGAUGAAACUUUUAUGAAGGCGUGAGAUUUUGAAAUCCUUCUAACGGGAAGGCAAUCUCUGUCCUGAUGCUAUUUCAUUGUUCCCUUUCCCUUUUAUAUUUAUCGUAGCAUGGAACAGCUCUCUUGAAACUUUUUUAUGGAACACAUUCUAGUUUUUUGUUUCGGCUAUUAUCCCAUGUACUUUGUUCGUCUCUCUCGUUUGAGUCCUGUCAAAUUCUAAUUCAAUUUAAAGUCCUAAAAACAACAAAGAAAUAAACUUAGAUUCCAAUA